UACCGGAAAUGCUCUUUCAGGAAGUGAAAACUCAUUUAACUCAGCCAUGGCCGCUGCUUCUGUUGUUCAGGAUCUCAGCGAGGAAGCCACUUCUUCGAUCUGUUUGGAUUAUUUCAAGGAUCCUGUGACCAUUGAAUGUGGGCACAGCUUCUGCAGAUCCUGCCUGACUCAGUGCUGGGAGAAGUCAGGCAAUUCGGAUGCCUCCUGCUCUUUCUGCAGGGAAAAGGUUCUGCAAAGGAAGAUAACAACAAAUACGCAGCUGGCCAACAUUGUCCUACCGGUAGUAGUUACCAUCUAUGUGGAGUAUGGCAGAUCCAAGGAGCAGCAUGAUUUUAGAGUUAUCUCUCUAUGGAAAGGUUUUCAAGACUGCAAGAACCAGGAAAAUGCAGGGAAGAAAAAAAUCUUAGGAGAGCUCAUACAAGAGUACUCAUAUAAGAUCCAGAUUAUUGAAAGGAUGGAACAUUGGAUUGGAAGAAAGACAAAUGUCCACACACGUUCUUCUCUGCUAAAUGCCUUCCGGGGGAUGAACAAGAUACAAGAUGAACUCCUGCUGGAUGAAAAGAGCCUUCUACAGAGGAGUGAGAAGAAGAAAACAUUUGAGAAGCCAGGGGCUUUCUCUCCAGAGCUGAAAUGGAAGAUCCAGGAGUUUUCUGAUAAAAAUCCCAAUCUAACCACUAAUAUGAAGAACCUAGCUCUCUCUCUGCCUCUGCCAGGACCAGUUGUUGUGACGGCAUACCCAGCUUGUUCCUUCCUCGCCCAGUCUGAUGGUCGUAAAAGUGUGAAACAUGGAACUGAGCCCCAAGACCUACGUGAUAAUCUUGAGAAAUUCAGCAAUCCCAUGUAUGUGUUCAGGCGGAAGGGCGUUACAACCCAUGUUUAUGCUGAGGGAUUUGUUAAGGGAAGGGAGGGAAUCUGGCCUGUGGAGGUGGCCACCAAGUCUGUGAGAGGAAAAGACCAUGUUUCCAUUGGUCCUAAGGAACGGAUGUGGGCUAUGGGCAAGUGGAUAGGUAGUUACACUUACAGAUUAUUCAUGAAACACUUGUCGCUUUUUGCCACUGCAAAGAGAAAUUUGGCCAACUGCUCCCUUGUCAACUAUUUGACUGUGAGAUACUUCAUUGAGGUGCCCCUAGUCAAGACGCCUUUAACAUUUGAGGUGGAUCAGUUCAGAGCUACAGAUGCCAAUGCAGCAGACAAAGAGCAAAGGAGAGCAAGACACAGUGAAAGGAGGACAGGUGGGGCUGUGAGAGCUCAGAGCCCACUUGAAGUACCACAGUUACAGCUUCUUUGUCAAACUGGAGAUAUGGCUAAAAGUGUGAAUCCUGUCCAGGAUCUUUGUAAUGAAGCUGAAUGUCCCAUCUGCUUGGAUUAUUUCAGGGAUCCAGUGAUCACAGAGUGUGGACACAAUUUCUGUCUGUCCUGCAUUACUCGGUGCUGGGAAGGAUCGGAGAAAGCGGCCUCCUGCCCCCAGUGCAGGGAAAAGAUCCAGAAAAUAAAUGUCAAACCAAAUCGUAAGCUGGCUAGCUUUGUAGAAAUAGCCAGAAAUCUUAGCCUUCAGAGGCCAAAAAGGGGAGAAGAAAAGUGGAGAGUCUGUGAAAAACACCAGGAGCCCCUGAAGUUAUUUUGUAAAAAGGAUGAAAUCCCCAUCUGUGUGGUGUGCGACAGGUCCAAGGAGCACCGAGAUCAUGAAGUGGUUCCCAUGGAGGAGGCAGUCAAGGAGUAUAAGGAUCUGCUUAGUAGUCGCUUGGUGCAUCUGACAUUGAAAAUUGUGGUACAGAAAGCUGUCACAGAAUCAGACAACCAAGACUUGAUUAAGCAAAUAAAAAUGGAGAAAGAAAAGACAAUGAAAGAAUUCAGACAAUUCCAUCAGUUUCUGGAAAAGCAGGAGAAGUCUCAUCUGGCCCAGAUUGAGGAGGUAGAGAAGGAGAUUGGAAGGUUAAGGAAGGAGCGCAUGGCUAAACUAUCCUCUCUUGAAAGUCUCUAUGAGGAAAUGGAAGAGAAGUUUCAUCAGCCACCAUUGGAACUCCUGCAGGAUGUGAGAAGCAUUCUGCAGAGGAGUGAGAAUGAAAGCACACUUCAGGAUCCAGUAGAUUUUCUUCCCGAACUAAAAUGGAAAAUAGGAGACUUGGAUGAUAGUAGACUAUUUCUUUCUGGAACCAUGAAGCAAUUCCAAGAUACUCUACUGUCUAGACUCCAGCUGCAAAAAGAAAAUAUAACUCUGGAUCCAGACACUGCUCACCCCUUGCUCAUUCUGUCUGAAGAUCAUAGAAGUGUGACUCUGGGAGACAAAAGCCAAUUCCUGCCUGACAAUAAAAAGAGAUUUGGGACAUAUUCUUGUGUCCUGGGCCGUGAAGGAUUCACAGCAGGCAAACAUUUCUGGGAAGUCACUGUUGAAAAAGAUGAAAAACACUGGAUGGUAGGAGUCACCAGAGAGUCUGUACAAAGAACUGGAGGCCUUGUCUAUGGUCCCGAGGGAGGGAUCUGGGCUGUAGGGAAGUUGAGAGGUCGCUUUGUGGCUUUCAGAACUCCUCAUCCUCAUGAUUUGUUUUCAAAUGGGAAUCUCAAGAAAAUCCAAGUGUCUCUGAACUAUCCUAGAGGCCAGGUUGCUUUUCAUAAUGGUGAUACAGGGGACCAUCUCUAUACAUUUUCUGAGGCUUCAUUCAGAGGAGAGACUCUCUUUCCCUUCUUUUAUGUUCUGGGAAAAAGCCACCUGAGCAUCUCUCCUUAAAACUGUCCAGCAAGCCAAAGCCACAAGACUUCCUCUUUAGAUCACUGUGACUAAAUCAACUAUUUGUGGGCUUUUACUCCCUUCUGCAAGGUUAUACAGACACAGCCGUUCUCAUUGUCCUUAAAUAUCCCAUACCUCCCGAGGAAGAGUCCUGACUUUUCUAAGAAUUCUCUCAGCUGGUUUGUUCUUAAGGAACAUGUCUCUUAUAGGUACAGUAUAAGCAGGCUGUCUGCCAAGAUUUUGGAAAAGAUUAAUAAAAUAAAAGUCUCUGUAUAAUUGUUAAUGGACAGAGAUUAGGGGUAUGAGUGGGAGGGAAGGAAUGGGCAAAGUUUCAUUGCUUUUUACAAAGUGAAAACAGUUUCUAAUAAACUGAUUCUGCCAAA